CAAAGAAUAGCGCCUUCGCCUGUGCACAGCUACAGUGUGGCUUUAGUCCUCGAGUUCGAAGACAACAGUAAUGCUGAGCGAGUUCUUGUCGCAAACACGCACUUAACGUGGGGCAGCGAGAAUCAUCAACUUGUUCGUCUCUGGCAAGCAGAACGAUUACUGCAUUACGCUGUGGAACGACGCAACGCAGUCAGUGUGCCAGCAAAGCCACGUGGACUAGUACAACAGCAUCAAAGUGCCAGCAGCAAACCAGGCGGUCUUCCUGCAGGCAGGAGUAGAUUGGGUCGUGCUUCCUCUAUACUAUCAUCUGGCUCUAGUUCCUCAUCUUCUGCAGCCUCUGCUACUUCUACGCCAGCAACGCCAUCACUGAAGAAUGAUCAUCCUGCCGUGAUCAUCGCAGGUGACUUGAACGAGGGACCAGAGUCGCC